AAAAAUGUAAUGGGAGAGUGGUUGAUUACUUUCCUAGUAUACACAGAUUCAGGCUUCUUAUUGCCCCCAAAGUGAGGAAGUGAACAGCAAAACACAGGGCGAGAUGGCUAAACGAGAGCUCCAAGACAAAGGUAGCACCGAGCACAGGGUAAAGAAGAAGUCAAAGACUGAAAAGCGCACAAAGAAGACUGAGGACGCCGAAGCCAGCACUGAGACCCAGCAUACCGAUUCGAAUGAACUUUCCCCAGCAGAUCUAGAAAAAUUUUUCUCAGAGAAUUCAGUCAAGGUAACGGAUACUUUGGAAGAAGCAGCAAAGCUUCAUCCUAUCAUCUCAUUUUCUCGCCUUCCUGCCUGCGAUAGUGGACUAUACCGUCCCCUGGACUCGUUUACAUCCCCUACUGCAAUCCAGUCGGUGACUUGGCCAUUCUUGUUUGCUGGCCGUGAUGUAAUUGGCAUUGCUGAGACUGGAAGUGGCAAGACACUUGGUUUUGGUUUGCCAUGCCUGAAGAGAAUUCUAGAUUCGGCGAAGAAAGGAAAGGGGAAGCCCUAUAUGCCGACGGCAGUUAUUAUCUCCCCAACGAGAGAACUGGCGAUGCAGAUAUAUGAUCAAAUUUUGAAAUUUGCAGAACUGGUCGACAUUAAGGUGGCCUGUAUUUUCGGUGGUGUGAAGAAAGACGAGCAACGCGAGGCUUUGAAGACAGCAACUAUUGUCGUGGCAACACCAGGAAGAUUGAAGGAUCUUCAAAACGAUGGCUCGGUGGACCUUGGAAAAGUCAAAUACCUCGUCCUGGAUGAGGCAGACCGCAUGCUGGACAAGGGAUUCGAGCAAGACAUUAAGGACAUCAUCCGUCCUAUGCCCGUGUCCAAGCGCCAAACUGUUAUGUUUACGGCAACCUGGCCUCCAGUCGUCAGGAAUCUUGCUGCAACAUUUAUGACUUCACCUGUGACUGUCACAAUUGGUGGAGAGCCGUCAGCUGAUCCACGCGCGAACACUAGAAUUAAACAAGUGGUUGAGGUGGUGAAGCCACAGGAAAAAGAACAGAGGCUUGUACAGUUAUUGAACAAGUAUCAGAAGGGACCGUCCAGUGAGGAUAAAAUCUUGGUGUUCUGCUUGUAUAAAAAAGAGGCCGUGCGCGUUGAAAGACUCCUCUGGAACAAAGGUUUCAAAGUUGCUGGCAUACACGGCGACUUGGGUCAACAGGAACGUUUCAAAAGCCUAGAUUCUUUCAAGAAAGGAGUUUCGACUAUUCUUGUUGCGACCGAUGUGGCAGCUCGCGGCCUCGACAUUCCUUCGGUCAAGCUUGUUAUAAACGUUACAUUUCCCCUUACUGUUGAGGAUUAUGUACAUCGGAUUGGGCGGACUGGCCGUGCUGGAGCCGAAGGUCAUGCAAUUACUCUUUUCACAGAGGUCGAUAAAGCCCAGUCUGGAGCUUUAAUAAACGUUCUAAAAGCGGCGAAGCAGGAAGUGCCAGAAGAUCUUCUCAAGUUUGGAGCAACAGUAAAGAAGAAGCAACAUGACGCAUACGGUGCUUUUUUCAAGGACGUCGAUACCAACAAAACAUCCACGAAGAUUGUUUUUGACGAUUGAUCAUGGCAUCAUUCGCCUUUUGGUUUGGAGGUUUUGUUUGCUUUUGAUUUCACCAUUUCGCGGGCUUUUGUGUAAUACAUCAUCAAGUACCUUCGCUCGAGAUAUAACCUACAGGUACACACAGUUAGAGCUUGUUUUCAUACAUAUAGGGCUCCCAACUUACACCACAACAAUGUAAACAGCACCAAAU